GCGAGUACGCCCUGUGGAAGCAAUGCCGCCCAAGCGAUCGAUUCGGAAAAACGCUACUCAAGAUUCAAUUGCUACAGAAGAUGACCGGAAAGAAACUAAUAUCGAAGAAAAUGAUGAUAUGAACGAAGAUUCUGACACCGAGUUAGGUUUCGAAUCCGCCUUAGAAGAGCCAUUCUCUGGUGAAAGCGACUUCUACCAACCGUCCGACGAUGACGAAGAGGAGGAGGAAGAGGAGGAGGAAGAAGAAAUUGGAAUGCAGCAAAAUUUUCAAGGAAUGGGACUCGAUAAUCGCGAUUAUAAUGGAUUUGAUGACGACGAAGAGGUCAAUGAACGUCAAUUUGAACAAAUUAUGGCAGCAGCAACGACCGAUGAUAGUAAUAUUGCAAACUCCAACCUCGAAUCACUCUGGGAUGUACCAGAAGGAGAUAUGGAAGAAUUUGAACGUGAUUUGGCAAUGACAACAGGAAUUGGAAAAGCGAGAAGAAAAGGAAAGUCAAAGAGAGGUCCCCGAGAAUAUCCUCUAACGCCAGAAAUUAAAGCUAUGUUGGGAGAUGCCAAUCAGCAUUAUAUUGAUAGAGAAUAUGCCGAAGCGAUUGAACUCUAUCAAGAAAUCGUUCGACAGGAUUCCAAAGUUCACAGUGCUUGGGUCAAUCUGGGUAUGAUCCAGGAAGAAUUAGGGAAUCCAGAGAGAGCGUUGCUCUUGAAAAUGGUGGCUGCUCAUUUGAAACCGAAAGAUGUCGAUACUUGGAAGUCUCUUGCUGCCGCGUCCAUUGAGCUCGGAGUACGCCAUCAAGCGAUAUAUUGUUUGAAAAAAGUUCUCUCUGCCAACCCGAAAGAUGCAGAUGCGCUGUGGGAUCGUUCAUUUUUACUGAAGGAGGAUGGUAAAUCAGAAGCUGCUCUUCUUGGGUUCACCGAGUUGCUCGAGAUUACACCCCACCAUGUCAAAGUCAUAGACGAACUUGCCAAGUUGUAUCGAAGUAAAGAUGACUUGGUGAAAGCCAUAGAGCUUUACGAAGGCGCAAUGGACUACCAUUUUGAAAACGACAAUUUAGACGAAGCUGGUGAUGACAAUGAAAAUGUCUUUCGAUAUACGGAAAUCAACAUGCUUACCGAACUCUAUAUAAUGGUGAAUGAAUACGAAAAGGCUCUCCUAUGUAUUAAGUUUGGCAUACUCUAUCUUCAGCGACGUAUUGAUGAAAUCGAUUGGGAUAGCCCUCUUGACCCAGAAGAUCAUGAUGAGGAUUUCGAUUUUGAUCCUGCAGACCCUUCUACCAAGGGGUAUGCCGAUUUUCCCAUGGAAUUACGAGCGCGCAUGGCGGUGUGUCGAAUUCAUCUCGGUCGUAUUGAUGUAGCCAAGAAACAUGUUAAAUACCUUUCGAACGCACCUGUAACAGAAUAUAGCGAUCUGUAUCAAGAAGUUGCUGCUGCAUACAUGGAGAAGGGACAUUAUGAUCGUGCACUGAAACUACUGCAAGCCAUCAUUGAUGCAGAAGAUGCAGUCGAUGUUGAUGUCCUUAUUAGAUCUGGCGAUUGUUAUCGUGAAGUUGGAGAAUUGGAAACCGCCAUUCAGUUUUAUCAUGCUGUUCUGGAGGAACAAACGGAUAAUUUGGAUGUCAUGAUGGCACUAGCUCAGGUGUAUGAGGAAAUCGGAGAAGAAGAAAAGGCAUUCGAUUUAGUAACGCAAGUCAUGAGGCGAAACAGAGAGAAUCGAAGGCUGUUGGAAAUCCAGGGCGCUGACAAUGCAUCAUCUUCGAUGUCACCAAUGCAAGAAACCCCUGGCAUAGGUUCUAUUUUCGACGAAGCUCUCAUUGCUGAGGAACAACGGAAUAGGCAGUCUCAAAUGAAAGCAGCCCAGAGGGCUAGGGAAAAGCAACGCGAAGAAGAGAGGACAGAGUGGACUAAGCGAUCAUUUGCAAGUUUGACUGAAAUCAAGAAACGCAUUGAAAACAGUGGCGGCACAGAUGUAUCCGCAUCAAGUCAUUUUAUGGAGGAGGCUAGGAUCUUGUGGGAGGAAUUUUCCAAUGUCAAGGCACUUUAUCCUGCGGACAAGACUAAAAAAUUUAUUGGCUUCAAACUUAAACGACCUGGUGGCAGCCGAUGGGAAACAGAAGCCGACAUAGAAGGAGAACUACACCAAAUGGCUAUCAGAUUGUCCAAAACAAUGUCAUCAAACAAUAUGCCAGACGAUAGUGAAGGAGCCCAAAGACUAAAAGACCUUCAAGAAGAACAAAAGGAACUGGAAGAAAAGUACCGCCAAAUUGCUAGUGCGACGGGCUUUCGCGGAAUUAGCUUUACUGAAUGGCUAGAUACCUUUAUUACGUAUUGCUUUAUGCUAACCAACUCUGGGAGCGAGAAAGAGGCUUAUCGACUGUUGACACGGCUUGGCGAUGCCAACGUGUUCUAUCAUGACCCCCAACGCCGAUUAGGUCUGAAAUUGACUAUAAUUGCGUGCGCCAUGCUGGCUGAUGAUUAUGCGACGGUUUACGAAGUAGUCAGGAGCAUAACUGGCAUUUACCAAUUCACGGAUGACGGUUACAAGCUUUAUACUGCCUUAUUAUCAAAUGGUACUUCCAAUAUAACAUGGUAUGCGCCAUCUAUGACGGUAAAAUACCUUGUUCGACAGGUCAAGUUGGUGGACAAGCUCAUACGAGAUGCACAUAAGGCAGACGCUGGUGAAGUCACACAAGAAGAGGAAUUGCAAGAUCCUGCGCUUUCACAAUUCUUAGAAACCACUGCAGAUCUCGAGUCAUCGCAUAGAGAACCAAGACGAUUAACUCGUGACAAAUAUCCCAGAAAGCCAUUUAUAUCCUUGUUACUUCUCUUGGGCAGUGUACUGCAGAUGGGCAAAAACCAGACUGCUGCCAUAAUUUACUACUGCAGAGCGUAUACCUUAUGUCCAAGUGAACCUAUGCUGUCGCUAUUAGUUGGAGUUGCCUAUUUGAGUCGAGCUGUUCAAAGAAUUACAGACAAUCGGCAUUUACAAAUUGUUCAAGGCUUCACUUUUCUUUACAAGUACUAUGAGCGACGUAAGGAGAUGCAGUACGCACAAGAAGCAGAGUACAAUAUCGCGAGAGCAUUCCAUACCAUCAACCUCACUCACCUAGCCAUUCCAUAUUACGAGCGCGCGCUGGUUCUGCCGUCUCGAAAGCUUGUGGUGGAGCUAGGAGAAGAGGAAGCUAUGCGUGGGCAUACCGUUGCCAAUUUGCUGGAAACCGUAUAUGACUGGGAAACACCUCAUCCAUGGCAUGACAUAGUAGAUGAUGAAACCGACAUUCGUAGUGAAGCAGCUUAUAACCUUCACUUAAUUUACGUUACGUCUGGUUCCCCUGGGCUUUCGCAAAUGCUCAUGAUGAAGUAUUGUACUGUGUAGAAAUAUACCAUGUGUAAAUAUCCUUUAAUAAAGCGUCCAACCGCAAACCUCUACCUAUCGUCAU